UGAGCCAAUAGGAGAGGAACAGCCGUCUCCAUGGUUACGUCUUGUACACCGACUGGCUUGUUUGCGGAUGGAGUUUGGAGUUGGAAGCGAGAGAUGAGUGGGAGAGACCUGCGUGCCUUUCUGUCGAGUCACCGUGCUGAGGAUGUAGAGAAGCUGACACAGAAAGUAAAGGACGAACUGGGACUCAACAAAUACAAACCUGUUGAGUAUGAAAAGCUUCAGGCCAUGGUGGAGGCCAAGAAGCUGAACUCUGAGAAGAUCGAACAAAAGGUGAAGAAGAGUCUGCGUGUGGUUCAGGAGAGGAAAGAGAGCUGCCUGCUACAUCAGCACAGACACGUGUGGACCACUGAAAACCACAAACUGAACCGAGCCAGGGAGCGAGUGGAGGCAGACAUGAGGAUCUUCCUGACCAGAAGCAGACUGAAAGAUGGGGAGGAUGCGGACCUCUUCACUGAACUGCUGCUUUUUGACUUGAAUUUGGAGCAUGAACGUGAAGCGUUUCGCUUGGCCACAGUCGAGCCAGUGUGCCGGCUCAGAGAAGACCUGCUCUACAGACUGGCGUCACAGCCUUCAGCAGCCAGUCAGCACGCAGAGUGGGCGCAGGUUCUUCAGCAGGUGGUAUCUGUGAGGGAACAGCAGCAGGUUGUGAUGGACAGACUGCAGGAUGAGUGUGUCACUCUCGAGAAGGAGCUAAGCCCUGCUGGACUGGAGGAGCGACUGGAUGCUGCUGCAGUUGAGGAGUAUGUUGGUGUUCUGGAGCAGAUACCAGAGGAGAUCCUGACCGCACACUGCCCUUACCCUGAGGCCAAAGAAUCCAUCAUCAGGGCCUUCAUCAACAUGUCAGAAAAAUACUCAGAGCGCCUAGAGACAGCACGCAGCAGGUUGCUGAGCCUGGACAGGAAUUGCGGCUGGAAUGAAGAGGAUCACCUGCAGUUCCUCCACAUCGUAGGUCAAUAUUCUCCUGAGAUAAGAAACCACAGAAGACUCUAUAUGGACAUGCUCCAGAGAAUUCUCCCACAUUUCUCCAGAGCAGAACUGAGUGCCCAUGAGCGGACCUGGGACUGGUACAGGUUCCGAGUGGAGCAGGAGAGGCUGCUGUUGGAGAGUUGGCACAGGGAGCAGGCUUUUCUGCGGCUGCGGACUCUGCGGUUGUUGGAGGAUGCCAGGGCCAUCUAUGAUGAAGAGCAGAGCCUGCAGAAUGACAGAUUACAACAGCAACACAUCUGUGCACAGCUUAGACAAAAGCUGCAGCAGUGGCGAGAGCAGCAGGAAGAGGUGGCUCAGAUGGAGGCGGCUCUAGCAGCUCGCUGGCUGGAGGAGGAGCAGGAAAGACAGAGAGAGGAGCAGGAGAGAGAGCACGCCAGGAGGACCAGACAGAAACAAAAAGUGCAAGAGUUUCACAAUAAGCAGCAGAAGAGGAGAGCAGAGUGGAGGUGCAGGGAAGAGACGAGACUGGCACAGCUCAGGAGAGACAUGGAGGAGCAGGCGAAGAGAGAUAAAGAAAGGGUGCAGUUCAGAGAGAAAUUGCUGCAGCAUCGACAGCAAGAGCAACAAGCUAAAGAGAGACUCAAACAGAAAGAGGAUGAGGAGCGCGAGGAGAGACUUCAGACACUACGCAAUCAGGUUGCCAUUUUGGUGGAGGCAGAUCCAGAGAGGAUGAUGGGACAAACUGAAGCAUGGAGGACCCGCCAAAAUCCUGACAAAGAUUUCAUGCUGCAGAGACCCCUCUAUCCCUUACACACCUAUACAGACACACAGAUCGUGGCUGAUCCAAGGGUGCGUAUAGAGCAGGCGCUCAGGACGGCAGGUCUUCAUCACACACCCUAUGCACGAACGCUUCUUUCAGAAAUCCCACCUCCAAAACCACCACGACGCGACACACAGUCCACCGUCUUCAAAUCCUAACCUUACAUGGUUCAUAUCCCUCGGACACUGUCAACGUUUCAUCUCUGCGGAUGAUCUGGCUUUGAUUGUGGAAAGCAAAGAACUUCUACAAACAGCUGCAAAUGUGCUA